AUGGGUUACUUUAUCCUUUUGAGAAAUAAUUCAAAUACUCUAAAUAUUCUGGUUGAUUCAACUGGCACAAAUCUGUAUGUGUCAGAUUGGAAUAAUUUUCGUGUUAUCAAAUGGAUUGGAUUAAAUAGUUCAUUCGGCAUUGUUGUUGCUGGUGGAAAUGGUGAAGGGUAUUUAACAACACAAGUUGAUCGUCCAUGGGGUUUAUACUUGGAUGAAUCGUCAAAUUCCGUGUUUGUUGUUGAUUAUGAUGCUAAUGCAAUACAAAAAUGGAAUUUAGGUGACCAAAAUGGGACAUUUAUCGCAGGCACACCAGGUACUUCUGGUUCAAAUGCCAGUCAGUUGAACCAGCCUACACAAAUAAUAGCUGAUCCAUUUGGAAAUUUGUACGUAAGUGAUACAUCCAAUCAUCGAAUACAAAUGUUUCAAAAAAGUAAAUCAUACAGUACUGGUAUAACAAUUGCUGGCAUAAAUAAUAGUCCUGGUUCUAGUGAUGAACAACUUUAUAGUCCAAAUGGUUUGGCUUUUGACUCAGAUAUGAAUUUAUUUGUAGCUGAUGCGUUAAAUAUGCGAGUGCAGAAAUUUAUGUUAUUAUAA